AUGCCUCUGUACAGCAUCAAGGUAUGCCCCCUGAAGCUCAAUGCGUACUUCUGCCGUCAGGGCUCCGCGUACGUGGUGGUCAUGUCGCGCAAAGGGCUUGAAAUCGCCACAAACCCGUCAGUAUGCAAUAGCAGCAACGAGGUCAUCUUCUCCGACGUCGAUGGCCUCAACGACACCAAGGCAUUUGAGCUCUCCUUCAACUCACCAAAAGAUCAUCGGGCGCUAAACUUCAGCAUCUACGACUUCACCAACCGCAAGAACACCGCCAAGCUCACAGGGUUCGAGAUCCCACUGGCAGGCAUAUGUAGCGUACUUGCGGGUGAGUCCAUAUGUGAGAAGAAAGGUAUCUCGUUCCGCGUUUCCGGUCAUCCAGGACGCCUUGACGUGCUCUUCUGCAUGCACCCUGUCGGCACACCUGUCCCGCAGCUGCGUGUAGCGCAGACAACCGAGUCCAUAUCCGGUGCCGCGACGGGGGCGCAGGGCGCCAAUUCUCAGCUCAACGCAGCUGUCCCCCCAGCCGACACCGGUGGCGGCGACGCCGGCGCUCUAUCGACCGGGCCCACUCGCCUGCCAGACCACACGCUGCGUGUCCUCCUACGUGAAGGAAUCAUCUCCGGCAACUUUGACGGGAUCGAGAUGGAUAGUGACCUGGCAAACGAAAUUGCUGUGCGGACCUCCGUCCUCUUCCCCAGCAGCGCCGAUCUGGAAGACCAGAUCCGCACGGUAACGCGCGAGAUCAAGAAGUUGGAGUACGAUGCGCAGUACGCCGCAAAGGACAAGGUCACCACCGGGUCUCCCGCGUCCGCCGCGCUGCGGAACGAAAUUGACUACUGGAAGAAGAAGGUGAAGAGCAUUGACGACAAUUCCGCGCACGAGGCUGGCAUCGCGCCGAACCUGGAAGAAUCGGAGCCGCGGCAGGACGUCACGCAGGGCCGUAUCGCCGACAUUGAGGCGCAGCUCAUAGCGAAGCAUCUGGAUAUGGGCAGCCUCGAGGCACUGCAGAGUCAACGCGACGUCACGCAGGACGUGGUGAAACUGUUGGACCAGAUCGACUACCUGCAGACGCUAUUGACGGAGCUGAAGAGCCAGGAGGCCGUGCGAGAGACACCGAAGGCGAAGUAUUACGACAUUUCCGAGAAAGGCGACUGUUGGGACAAGCUGGCUGCCAAGCUGUACGACGCCGAGAGCAUGACGGAGCAACUCAAGCAGACAAUAAUCGCUCUGAACCGCAUGCAGUACGAACCCUACCCUGCUGGCGUAGAGGCUGGGCUCAUGCACACUGUGCCACAGGAGCUGGAGUUUGUGAAACACAACAAGCACACAUCAAGAAACGCGUCACCCCAGGUCGGCAACGCAUCGUCAUCGGAGGCGGCUCUACCGGCCGGCCAGCCCGCUGGUGGUGUUGCGACGGGCAACUUGCUCGACGACUUGUUUGGCGCACCGCCACCGCCGCCGGCCCCGCAGGCGCAGUCAUCUUCCGCGGCCGAAAACCCGGCUGCUUUACCCCUCGAAACCUUCUUAGGCACGACGUACGAGCCUCCAAAGGCAGCGCAAGUCACUCCGAUUUGGGCACAACCAGCUGGCGGCGCUGCACCUAACAUGUCUCCUGUGCAACAGUCACCGCAGCCGAUCCCUGCUGCAACCGGUAUCCCAGGAAAUGCACAGCCGCAACCCGAACCAGCGGCCCCCGCGGGUGACCAACCGCCAUCACAGUCACUGGCAGCACCGAUAGGGAGCGCGCUGCUGACAUCGUCCGCGCCGAUCCCAAAUACGCCCCCCCCGGACGCAAAGGAGGCACUGCCCGUGACCUCUGUGAACCAGCGAAAUCCUGACAUAGCCAGUGCAGCCGUAUCGCCAGUGGCGCCGUCACCGACCAGUGUUACACCGCCCUCCCUGGCAGCGCCUGGGCAAACACCACAGCUGAACUCACUGAAUGUUUCUCAGAGCAGCUUGGCAACGCUAGCAGCUCAGGCGCAGCAGCAACAGCCCCAACCGCAACAGGGGCCGUAUGGGCAACAGUAUGGCCAGCAGCAGCAGCAACAGCCCCAACCGCAACAGGAGCUGUAUGGGCAACAGUAUGGCCAGCAGCAGCAGCAACAGCCCCAACCGCAACAGGAGCUGUAUGGGCAACAGUAUGGCCAGCAGCAGCAGCAACAGCCCCAACCGCAACAGGAGCUGUAUGGGCAACAGUAUGGCCAGCAGCAGCAGCAACAGCCCCAACCGCAACAGGAGCUGUAUGGGCAACAGUAUGGCCAGCAGCAGCAGCAACAGCCCCAACCGCAACAGGAGCUGUAUGGGCAACAGUAUGGCCAGCAGCAGCAGCAACAGCCCCAACCGCAACAGGGGCCGUAUGGGCAACAGUAUGGCCAGCAGCAGCAGCAACAGCCCCAACCGCAACAGGGGCCGUAUGGGCAACAGUAUGGCCAGCAGCAGCAGCAACCCCAACCGCAACAGGGGCUGUAUGGGCAACAGUAUGGCCAGCAGCAGCAGCAGGCUCUGCAGGAAUCAUCAGUGCCGUAUUUCGAGCGUCGUCCACCAUCCCUGGAAGAGAUUCCGUACACCGAGUUCUACGGCAUUCCGCUUAUGGCCCGCGGCUGCCCUAUUGACAUCUUCCUUGACGGCAAGACCCCGACACGUGGCACUGAGCUGACCUUCAUCAACAACACCGACCAACAAAUCUUCAUUGGUGGUGUUGAACUGAAGCAGGAGGACAUGUUCUCUACCGACCCAAACAGUGUCAAGACGAUUCCGACACAACGAUGGCCGCAGUACCUCCUGGUGCCGGGUGGCGGAAGCCGGCAGAGCUGCACUAUCGCCCUUCAUCCGUCGUUCCCACGCGGAUCGUUCAUCAUGGCGCUUGUCGUUGCGUACGUCUUCAGCGAAGGGCGCUACACGCCGUUCAUGGCGCGCUUUACCAUCUAA